AUGUGGCGCAUUCCAACAGACACCCCCCAAACUGCCAUCCCCAAUGGCCUCAAAAUUGCCGAAGUGACAUCCGACACACCGCUAGACGAAGUCUUCAAACAUUGGAAAGAAAGCGGCGGCGUAAUCCUUAAGAACAUGCUCACAGAAGCACAAGCAAACCAAAUCACCCACGAACUGGAAGCCCGCCUGGACUCCGUCCAACGUGGCUCGCGAGUGCCGCACCCAGACCUAGCAGCCUUCCACGGCACAAAGACCAAGCGCGCCGGCGACAUAAUCAACCACAGCCCGACGUUCCGCGAGCUCAUCCUCGAAAAUGACUUCAUCCACACCAUCUGCAGGCGCACCUUUACCGAAGGAGGGCAUAAUGGCGACUACUGGCUGUCCGCGGCAACGACGCUGAAUGCCUUGGGUCCCCAGCCGGGACAGGUCCUGCACCGAGAUCUGACGUCUUACCCGCCGUAUGCACAACUUGGGCCCGACGGAACGGAGCCACAGAUCAACUUCCUCUUUGCGUUUUCGGGUUUCACAGAGGAGAAGGGCGCGACGCGACUUAUUCCUGGGAGCAAUAAGUGGCCGUUUGACCAGCGCGGCAACAUGGGGCAGACAAUUCCGGCGGAGAUGAAGACGGGCGAUUGUUUGCUUAUUGGUGGGAAGGUGAUUCAUGCCAUGGGCGAGAACAAGACCGAGAUGGAGCGGAAGUGUAUCCAGCUUACUGUUAUUCCGAGUUUCUUGACGCCAUCUGAGGCGCAUCCGUUUAUUAUUACGUUGGAAACUGCGAAAGCUUUGUCGAAGAGAGCGCAGAGGUUUGUUGGUUUUAGGUCGCAGUACCCGCGUGGCUCGCCGGGGUUGUGGACCAAGGAUUAUCUUGAGCUGGCGUUGCAUCUGGGGCUGGAUGAUCUUCAGGGGGCUAUGGAGCAGUUGCAGGAUGUUAUCAAUCAGCCUAAGCAGUGGGAUACUAUUGACUAUGAGAAUGUUUAG